AUGCGACUCAAACGAGGACUUCCACGGGAAUCUUGCGAUUUUUGCCACGGGAGAAAGAUCAAAUGCGAUCGGUCAUUGCGCGCAGAACAGGGACUUUCCUCAUGCUCACAGUGCGCCCUGCGUCAAAGCUCUUGCAAUUUGAGUGACCCUAAGGAGACACGUACCCGUUCGCGUGAUAUGGAAGCCUCCCGCGGAGGUAAGACGGGCAUAGCUUUAGGGGAUGGAGGGGCACAGACGGUUCGAGAUGGCAUACCAUCCCACGGUGAUAACCUGAACGCUGCCCCCUUUGCUUCAUCAUCUCAUUUGGAAUCGCUUCAGCGACAGGAACAUGACCAGUCGGAUAUAAUACAGUAUCCAGAUAUCAUGUUCGAUGAGAACUUUCUUACUCUGAGUCGUGACAACAUCUUCUUUCUGGAUCAAGUUUUCAUGGACGGCAGCGGAGGAGCGGAAUGGCCUGCCAACGACCAGGAUGACCUUGCAGAUAAUCAAGCUUCGAAUGGUACAAUUGCAAUUGGUGAAAGCCAGCCAAGCUCGGAAGAAAGAUCGCCUUGGCCAAAUCGUCUUGCCGAUUCCGAAACCAUUUUUACUUCCGCGAUAAAUUGCUACUUCAGGUUCGCAGCACCAUGGCUGCCGAUUCUCCUGGAGGACGCCUUCUGGGACGACUACCGCAAUGGACGUUGUAGUCCUAUCAUCGUCUCUGCAGUAGCCUGUCGCGGCAUGCCCUUCACCACAGUUCCAGACAAAUGGAAUAUUCAGCAGCAAUUUGCUCGCGAUUUCCGAGAGUCAUACCUGGGUGCUCGGAGUGCUGCUUCUGACGAUGGUUCAAUUAGGCUCGAUGAUCUCGAAGCGCUGGCGCUCAUGGUCAAUUUCGAGUACGAUAACACGGAUACACCGCCGCUCCAUUCAAACCUGGGAAGAUUGUUUUUAAAGCAUGAGUCACUCGUCUUGAUGACGUUGCAGGCUUGUAUCCACGAUCAUAUUCCCACGAGUUCUGGCUCGACCGUGACGUUGGCGAGAGCUCGGGAGCGACGAGUGCUUCUUUAUUGGCAUGUCUAUGGUCUUGACGCUUUUCACUGCUUGGAUCGCAAGCAGAUAUCUCUGAUUCCCGACAAAAACAGAAGCGAAAAUGACAGCUUGCCUCCGCACGAGGCUAGGGACUUUCUCGACGCCGUCCUUGAACUUGCAGUCAUUGCUCGGAAGAUUCUGCAGCAACUGUGUAGUGACUCGGCGAAACGUUGUGGCGUUGAGCCCAAAGAUGUGCAUGACAUGUAUCAACAACUCUACCAUUGGAGGAACCACACAUGUCCUCCGCAUUUACGGAGGCAUGAAGAUAGCUGGGGGGGUACUGGCAACUCAAGAUCAAAACGAGAGUCAUCUGGCUGA